GCCGAAUGUUCGAACGCAGAACUGUCAACCUCAACAACAACAACAUUGAAGAAACAUCACAGACAGGCCCUUUUCCUCAGACUUUUUAGGGACUUCACAGUAUGGACACAGAUGAUGAUGUUUCAGCCCUGGAGGAGGAGGAGGUAGGGAUAUGGGACCCAUCACCUGCACCUUCUCUAGGCCUCAGGCAGUCCCCUUCUUCCUCUCCUGACUCUGACUCCUCUUUGGAGAUAUCGUCUUCCUCAGAUGAAGAAGAGAAUUCAUCUCCAACUAUAGGCUCAGAGACUUCACCAUUUGCCGUCCAAGAAUGCAAGGAAGAGUACAAAAAUGUUGUAAGAUAUGUUAUUCAGUCAGCUCGGACACACACCACAGAGAAGGAAAAAUAUGUGCUGUACUGUGUGGAGGUCAGGAGAUUCACUGUUUUGAAGAAGGGAUUGCCACCUGCAGACACGCUGGGCUAUUCUAACCAUAAAACUCGCCACAAAAAAUAUGCAUCAUUUGAACGCCGCUACUCUGAGUUCCAUGCCGUCUAUAAUGCCUUGAUGGAAAGUCACAGGUCUUUAAUGGAGGAGUUUGAUGGAUUCCCCAAAAAGGUCAUAAUAGGAAACUUCAGUCAAGAAGUGAUUGCUGAACGCUGUAAAGGUCUUGCACGAUUCAUGAAUUUUGUUCAUGAACAAGAGGUAUUGAGACGUACUGCUGUGUUCACCAAAUUUCUACAUGAAUCAGAAGUGAAGAUCAGUGAUCAUUAUUUACUUUUAUCUCAGUUUGAGGAAGCAUGUCCUGUGAUAGAGAAUACCUUUCUCUUGUUUUAUAUUCUCCACUGGGACACAGGCUCCCUUAUCUGUAAACUUUGUCAGUUGAUUGUGUGCUUUCAUGCCCUGGGCAAUUAUGAAAAAUCAUAUAAAUAUGCACAGAUAGCUCUCCGGAAAUUUGAGAUGUUAGGGAACAACAAGAUAUGUAAUGAUCUUUAUAUGCCACUUCUCUGUUUCUGUAAUAGUCUAUGGAGGAUUUUAGGGAAAGACAGGACUACCAUAAAAACGAAAAUUGAACAGGAACGUAAGGAGAGAAAGGAAGAGGGAGUCCCUAACUUGCUUGAUAUUCUGAGGGAUGAGAUAACAGUGAGAUACCUUCAUUGAUGUAUGGGGCUUCUCUGGAAAUUAUUAAUGUUAGGGAUGAACUAAUCCAAAUAAAGGUAACUCUUUAUAACAACGUAGGUUUUGUAAGGAAUAGCAUACACCAGAAUUUCAUAAAGAAAUUAAAUUGUUGGGAAUGGAAUAUUUUGCAUUUAGUAUGUGAUAUGGAAAAGAGGGAAAAAAUUUAUAUUCUUUUUUUUUUUUUUUUACAUGAACACUUCCCUCCCAAUACCUUGCUCAUUGUUGUAGUGGGAGGGCUUAAGAGACGGAGACUGAGGCCCAGUGUAGUGGAACACCCCUACCUUGGGCCUCAGCCCUUGCCUCAACUAAUUUUGCUUGGUCCUUUCUUCUCCCCUUUCCUCUUCUGUAUAUUUUUCAUCCCCUUCUAUCUCAUUCCUAAGGUGUGAGAGGCAUGCUGAAAGGAUGAAAGGCUUUGUGUCAGUUAUGAAUGGCCCCCAGGAGCCAUGGGCAUAGUAUUCCCUUGGUUUAUUGCCUAGCCCUUACCCCUUAUGGGAACCCUGAGGGGUAGACAGUUUCUUUUCCCCAUUUUAUUCAGGCCAAUAAUGAAGAUUCUUUACCCUUAAUAGGAGCAUUAAGGCUUGCAUCUUCAUCAACUAGCCUAUCUAAAUUUGAUUUUGAUGACUUUCCAACCCCUGCCCCUCCAUUGACUACGGCUCCAACCAAUGAUACUAAUACCCCCUCCUCGAUGCUUACUGACAACUCUAUCCAUACCAAAACUCCUACCCAGGUUAUUACUCAACCUCCAGAAAGUACCCCUUCCUCUCCAUCUCUUACUGCACAGUC